GCGCCUCCCUUCAACUCCCCUCGGAGAGAGUCGCUCUCUAACCUCGUUUACUGUUUUUUUUACAUCAGAAACUCGAGGUCACGACACAAUGUCUACUGCGUCGAAGAUCGUCAAGGCCAACGGUGCCAAGCCCACCGAGUUCGAGGACCAGCUGGCCCUCCACCUCACCGGCAUUGAGGGUAAGGUCCCUGAGCUCGCCGCCGAGCUCAAGUCCCUGCACUUCACCGCCGCCGAGGAGGUCGAUGCUGGCAGCAACAAGCGCGCCAUCGUCAUCCGCGUCCCCGUCCCCCAGCUCAAGCGCUUCCAGAGCAUCUCCAGCAACCUCACCCGUGAGCUUGAGAAGAAGUUCGCCGGCAAGCACGUCGUCAUGAUCGCCAACCGCCGCAUUCUCCCCAAGGCCAGCCGCAAGCUUUCUCACAAGCAGCCCCGCCCCCACUCCCGCACUCUCACCGCCGUCCACGAUGCCAUCCUCAACGACAUCGUCUACCCCGCUGAGAUCUCCGGCAAGCGUCUUCAGUACAAGACCAACGGCAAGCGCCUCCUCAAGGUCUUCCUCGACACCACCGAGGCCACCCAGCUCGACCACAAGCUCGAGACUUUCUCUGCCGUCUACAAGAAGAUCACCGGCAAGGAUGUCGUCUUCGAGUUCCGCAAGCAGUAAAUUCGCCCCCUCCCAGGCGCUCCUCUCUGUUAGCUGAUCGAAUGCCACCCCCUCCAACUUCUGUUCGUGCCCCCGUCGUCUGCUCGUAGAAUCUUUCUUGGGUUUGUCGCGGUCAAGAAUAGAUUGUGUUUGAAUACAGCAGCCAAACCUGGUCGGGUGUCCCCUGUGUGUUGUGUGUGAUAUCUUGUGUUGUCUUUACCUAGCGCGCAUGGCCGGGGGGGGGGGCCGCGCCUCGUCUCUCCCUCCCUUUUUCUCGGGCGUGUGUAUGUAGCUGCCAGUCGGUGCGGUGCGCGCGCCCCCGCUCUUCUGCUCGACGCGGCACCGAGAGUGGUGUGAGGUGUGCAAGGGGGAGCAGACAGGGGGCCGGCCGGGUCUCGUUGCCUGCUUCCCCUGUUCUCGGGGGGGGAGGGCCGCGCGCCUAAUGGCGGCCCUCCCUGCUCCUCCUCUCUUUCCGUCUCCACCACCGGAGACGCCGCAAGGCUUUUGGAUGUGUGUUGUAGGGGUGUGCUUCGGGGGCCAGCAGAGCAUAGGCUGGGCGUCGGUGGCAAGGCGCGUCGCGCUGAAAGACUGAAAAGUCAGCCCUAGAAAGGGAGCUACGCGCGCUCUGUGGCCCUCCUCAACCAAGUGAGGGAACUUCUCCGCUGGCCUGCCUUCCGCUGCCUGCUGCCUGCCCAGUGGCUCGGCGAGGGGGGUCUGGUGUCUUGGCCCG